GGUACCCAUUCGGGCCCUUAAUACACUGCUCAUUUAGGUUUGACGUUACGGCCAUACAUAUCUGUAAGCCUCUGGAAGUAUACACGCACCUGUAGGUAUACAUUUUGAAUGUCCUGAACCAGAAACCAUGUAGAUAAAAGCCUUCCUUUCGUCAACUUCAAAACCACUCACAAACCUUUUCUGUAUGCGUGUUUGAUACAAGAUGGCUGCUGGAAGGCGUGGUAGAGACCUGCUCGGUCCUCUUUUGGCGGUCAACUUGGUGGUGUAUCUUGUAGUUCUUGGACUGGCUGGAUGGUCCAUCGAAAAAUACAUCGAUGGUCAACAGAAUCACCCCCAUUUGGGUGGGAAUCCAGCAACGAGUUUUAUGUUGCUCUUCGCUUUGUUAGCGGGGGUGGUGGGGGCUUGUUCCGUGCUUCAUGGGCUUGCGCAUCUUCGGGCUUGGCGGAGUGAGAGUCUGGCUGCUGCAGGCUCUCUAGCAGCUAUCUCCUGGGCUGUUACUGCUCUUGCUUUUGGUCUGGCAUGCAAGGAAAUCAUUUUGGGAGGACACAGAGGAAAACGCCUGAAAACACUAGAGCUCUUUCUAUUCAUAUCGCUACUGAUUCAGUUGCUGUACGUGGGGCUUCUGCAUGCUGCGGUGUUUAACAGUACAUAUGGACCAGGUUAUCGUAGAGACGGCAAUGGCCAUGGUGGUGGCAUUGCCAUGGGUCAUGAACCCCAGAAGACAGACACUCCUGAAAUCUGAAACUUCUCGCACGCACAUUCUGUUAGUGAGCUUACAUGAAACAAACGUCUUCGUUUUCUUUUCCUUUCCGAAAGCUCUCGAAUCAAAUAAAAUGAAUCGCCAUGCUUCUGUAUGUUUUGUGCAUAAUUGAUUUCUCAAGGAAACUAGAAAGAACCACUUGUGGGGUACCAACAAUUGCUGCCAAAAGGUUUCCCAACGACGAGUACAAG